AUGGCUGCAUCGGAAGAGAACAGCGCACUGUUUCCCAUCUUUGUAUUGACAAUAAUAGCGCUGCCUCUGGUGCCGUAUACUUUUGUGAAUUUAUACCUCACAUUCAGGAAAAAGACCAAGACCGUUAAUUGUCGUUGUUCGACCUGUUUCCGCUCGGGGAAGUAUCGGAAGUCCAUAUUCAAACGUAUUUCAAACUUUUCUACUUACAGUAACCUGACGGUGGUUUUGCUAUGGGUUAUUGUGGCUCUUUUGGCUUUCUACAUCAAGCAUAUCAACACUGAGGUCCAAAUUUUUGAGCCAUUCAGCAUACUUGGAUUAGAACCUGGAGUUUCAGAUUCAGACAUAAAGAAGGCAUAUAGGAGACUUUCCAUUUUAUACCAUCCUGAUAAAAAUCCAGACCCAGAGGCUCAUAAGUAUUUUGUAGAUUAUAUCUCCAAGGCUUAUCAGGCUCUAACAGAUCCUGUAUCACGUGAAAACUUUGAGAAAUAUGGCCAUCCUGAUGGCAGGCAGGGCCUUCAAAUGGGGAUUGCUCUCCCGCAAUUUCUUCUCGAUAUUGAUGGGACUUCUGAAGUGAUUUUGCUACUUGGUAUUGUAGGAGUUUGUAUUCUUUUGCCCUUGACAAUAGCCGUUAUAUACUUGUCAAGGUCAGCAAAGUAUACAGGGAACUAUGUCAUGCAUCACACAAUGUAUGCUUACUACCAUUUUAUGAAGCCUUCAUUAGCUCCAAGCAAGGUCAUGGAAGUAUUCAUCCGGGCUGCUGAAUACAUGGAAAUUCCUGUUCGUCGAACUGAUGAAGAAUCUCUUCAGAAAUUAUUUGUGUUGGUUAGGAGUGAGCUAAACCUGGAUCCUAGAAACAUCCGACAAGAACAAGCUAAGUUUUUGAAGCAGCAUCCUGCUUUAGUGAAGACGGAAUUGUUAAUGCAAGCACAUCUUACCCGUGAGACGGCAGCUUUAUCGCCAUCACUGGAGCAUGAUUUUAAGAAAAUGCUUGCUCUUGCCCCUCGUCUUCUAGAAGAACUAAUGAAGAUGGCGAUCAUACCUCGCACCCAACGGGGGCAUGGAUGGUUAAGACCUGCAAUUGGAGUAGUUGAGCUAUCCCAGAGUAUAAUCCAGGCAGUCCCCCUCAGUGCAAGAAAACCCACUGCAGCAUUAAGUGAAGGUUACGGCCCAUUCCUCCAGCUCCCGCACUUCAGCGAGUCUGUUGUCAAAAAGGUUGCCAGAAAGAAAGUACGCUCAUUCCAGGACUUCCGUGAGAUGAAACCGCACGACCGGGCAGAGCUCCUGGCUCAAGCCGCCGGCUUCUCGCCCGACGAGUCCCGGGACGUGGAACUUGUCCUCGAGAUGAUGCCUUCCGUCUUGGUCGACAUCACGUGCGAGACGGAGGGCGAGGAAGGCGUGCAGGAGGGCGACAUAGUCACCAUGCAGGCCUGGAUCACCCUCCGCCGGCCCAACGGGCCUGUCCGGGCCCACCCCCACGCCCCAUACUUCCCCUUGGACAAGGAGGAGAAUUUCUGGCUUCUACUGGCCGACUCUGCCUCGAACGACGUGUGGGUCUCCCAACGGAUCAACUUUAUGGAUGAGACGACAGCUGUCAUUGCGGCCUCAAAAGCUGUCCAAGAGCUGCGGGAGGGGUCGGGUGCGGGCCCGAAAGAGGUGAGUGCGGCCGUGAAAGAAGCGGUGGGGCGGGUGAGGAAUGGGUCUCGACUGGUGAUGGGGAAGUUUCAGGCUCCGCCGGAGGGGACGUACGGCCUGACGGCUUACUGUUUGUGUGACUCGUGGAUCGGGUGUGAUGCGAAGACGGGGGUGAAGUUGAAAGUUUCGAGGAGGAGUCGGGCGGGGACGAGGGCCGGUGGUGAUGAGGUGGCGGCGGUGGAGGAUGGUGGUGGGGUUGAGGAGGAGGAUGAGGAAGGGGAAGAGGAUUAUGAUGAUGAUUAUGAGAGUGAGUAUAGUGAGGAUGAAGAGGAUGUGAAGGAGAAGAAGAAGAGUGUGGGGAAUGGGUAUUCUCGGGUGGGUGACGACGGCUCGGGUUCGGAUGGGACGGGAAGUGAUGAAGAUUAA